AUGGAUUCUAACAAGCCCGUUGAAGACAGAAAUAAUAAAAAGUUUGACCUUUUGGACCUCUCAGAGUAUGACUACAUCUAUAAACCAGAGCCGUCUUUUGAGCCAGAGUUUAACUUUUCAAUGACAAAUGAGACAAAGUUCUCAUCAGCUGCGCCGGCAGAACCUGCUGAAGCAAACAGGUAUUUUCUUGAUGAGCAGUUCUCAACAUAUGCAACACAUCCGCCUUCCUCGCACGUACAUGCGCAACAGCCAAAAGAAAAGUCAGUCAAUUACUUUAGCAAAAACAAUACCAGAGCCAGCCCAGGCCAAGGGUACCUUUCAUUCAGCAGUCCCACCGAAACACGGUCAACCCAUAGAAACGAGUAUGAUUACUACCCUCCAGGCAGAGAGCAUGCCGUAUUUGUCAAUGCCAACCAAUAUCAGUACAUAAAAAGAAGAAAGGAACGGCGUGACUAUCUCGACACUCUAGAAAAGAAAACAAAUGCAGCGUACCAGCACGAAAGCCGGCACAAGCAUGCUAUGAAGCGGCCAAGGGCGCCUUCUGGAAGGUUUCUUACCAAAGAAGAAGCAUUCUUAGAAGACCCGGCAAGCAAAGAAUAA